AUGGCUCCUAAACAAGCUUCCGGGUGGCAAAAACGUCAAAAAAGGAAACGAGCGGAAGAAUUGGUGAAGUCUCAAGCCGAUGCUAGGCAAAAUUUUUUGGUGCCUAAUCCACCUACAGUUAAUGUUGAAAAUCAACAAGAAGACGUUGAAGUAUACUUAGAAGUAGAACAAGAGCAAGAACGUGUGGAAGUAGAAGACGAGGAAGAACGUGUGGAAGUAGAAGACGUUGAUAAGCAACAAGAAAAUGUUGAAAAGCAACAGGAACGUGUGGAUAUAUUUGAUCCAGGAAGGUGGGAAGGACUUAAUGCGGAUGAGCUUAAGGUAUUGGUCGCGAAAGGUCCUAAAAGAGAUACUAGUAUAGAGUUUGGUCCACUUAAUCAAUAUAAUGGACGAUUUUCGGCAACUAUUUAUACAAGAACAUUAUCAAAUUUGGAGAAGUGUGACAGAGAAUGGCUAGCAUAUUCAAAAGAGCUAGAUAAGAUGUUUUGUUGUUGUUGUAAAGUGUUUAGAACUGGGCUCCUAAAGGUAGAUUGGAAGGUGAAGGUUUCAAUGACUGGCACCAUGCUAGAUUGUACACCCGAUUCAAGUCACCAAUAA